AUGACGAGCGACCUCGUCGUACGUGGAUGGAACCGUCAUGUUGGCGUACACAGCGAUCUGACGGGAGUGAAGCUGAGAGAUUGGGGCGAUCGCGAUGUUGUUCUGGAAGGCCGCGGGGAAAGCUUACCGCUCGGCAAUGCAAACCCAACAAACACCCCGUCAUCCUUCGACACGAUCAUCACCUCCAAGAAGCCCUCCAUCCUCUAUCCUUUCCCAAUCUCUCUUGACACAUACAACAUACCCCCGAAAAUGGCAGAACCAAGGUCUCUCCUGUCCCAGAAAACGUCAGACUCUGGACUCCACAUCCAGCUGCACCCCCUCGUCCUCCUCACCAUCUCCGACCACAUCACCCGCCAUGCGGCACGAUCACAACGAGGCCCAAUAGCCGGCGCCCUGCUCGGCCAACAAGACGGCCGGACAAUCACCCUUGAACACGCCUUCGAGUGCGUCCUCACGGAAGGCCCAAACGGCGAGGUCCAGAUCCUCCACGAAUGGUUCACCGAGCGAGUCAAGCAGCUCAAGGACGUCCACAAGGCCCCAGCGCUCGACCUGGUCGGCUGGUGGACGACUGCGCCGCCGUCCGGCCCGAACACCGACCACCUCCCCAUCCACCGCCAGAUCCUGCAAGACUACAACGAGUCCGCCGUGUUUCUCGCAUUCCACCCAUCGCAGGUGCACGGGGCAUCGACGAACGGCGCCAAGCUCCCAUUGACCGUGUACGAGAGUGUGUACGAAGGCGAACAUGCGUCUGAGAACGGCAAGGCGAUGCAGGUUGACGGUGAGGAGCAGUCGCUCAACAUUCGCUUCCGCGAGAUCCCGUAUUUUGUCGAGACCGGGGAGGCUGAGAUGAUCGGCAUGGAUACGGUGGCGCGGACCGCCCGAACAGGAGGCGCGCUGUCCCAGGUCGAGAAGAAAGACGCCAAGGAGCCGUCGGCUGAGACUGUUGUUUAUUCGCCCGAGGAAGAAGAACGUACGCUGCCGAGUCCCUCCCCACGUCGCAUUAUUGUUAACAUGUGUUGCAGUGAUGGCCAGCCUCAACACCCGCUUAAACGCUAUUCGCACGCUGGAGUCCCGCAUCUCAUUGAUCAAAUCGUAUCUGUCGAGUAUAGCUUCCGAGGCAAACAGAGGAGCCGCAAAGGCGACGCUCUCGCACCCUAUCCUGCGGAACAUCAACGCGCUGCUGUCUCAUCUGUCCCUGCUCACGCCGCCUGA